AGGACCGCCACUCCCGAGCCCGCUGAGGCAUCGUGGGGCGCCGGGAGCCGCUGCGUGUGACAUGCGACGGGAAGCCCUCGCCAAAGCGCAGGCAGCGGCCCCGCCACGCCGGAGAGAGCCGGGCAACAGCAGAUUGGUCCUUCAGAGGAAUCACCCCUGAUUGCAUCUUCACUUUGAACUUCGGCUGCUCCCCUAUAGGAGUGCUGUCCAGGUGCGAGCUCCAAGGUUUUUCCCGGAGAGAGAUUCCAUGGGGACUGUACCUGACCCUCUGAGAUCGGCCAAAACAUCCCUGAUUGCAGCUUCCGGAGAAGAGGAGGACCGGGGAGAGGUGCAGGCUGCCUCGCCCCAGCCUCGACCAGAAGUCCUCUGUGAGAACACCAAUGGCCUUUCCAGCACUCCUGCAGAGCCAGACCGCAGCCCCAGGACAGCUGCCAAGGCCCUGAUGCAGGCCGGUGAGCAUGUGCCCACGCAGCCAGCCAUGUCCUCUCCUGACACUGUCAGUGAGGUGGGGAAGGCAUCUCCCACACUCAACUCUCCAGGCAGUACUCAGCUGUCAGCGGGCAGAGAGCCCACAGCACCAGCCCCGUGUUCUGCAGCAGGCAAGGAUCUGAUGUGUGCAACGUUUACAGUGCCAGCCAAUCAGCACAUCCACCCGGUUGUCCCAGGCAACCAGCCCAACGCCAGCCCCCCAUCAGGGCCUGAAGAUACCCCGGUGAAGUCACAGAGAACUGCAGAUGGAGGGCAACCUGAGCAGUCAAGCUGUCCGGUGGGGGUCAUCUGUGGCAAAGAUCAAGUGUCCUGUGAUUUUCCUUCUCAAGAGACAAUGCAGGGAAUGGUGCAAACUGAAGAUGCAGCAACCAGGGCGUUCAGUCCUACUUCCGCUACUGGAGGUGGACGCGGAGCAGAAAGGCAGCAAGCUGUCUGCACUUCCCAGACAAGGUCCUGUGGCUCUCCAACAGGAGAAGAUGGAUGUUCGGGGAACAAACCGCCCUCUGCCGCCACCUCAGACACCCAGGCCAUGACUUCGGUGAUUCCUGAACCAUCCCACCUUCCUAGCAACGGAUCGAUGUUUCCUCCAGAUCCAGAGAAGGUGCCGCUGGCAGCCCAGCCUCAAGUGUCAAGGUUUAAAGAAGCAAGUACGAUGACCAGCCAAGCUGAAAAUGAGAUCAAGGAAACCCCACCCAGGGCUCGGCAAGAUGCCGAGGUGCAGGCAGUGGCGAGUGUCGAGAGCAGAUCGGCAUCCACCAGCCCCAGCAUCCUCACUGCAUUCUUAAAGGAAAGCCCUGCUCCAGAGCGGUUUGAACAAGAGCAGCUGCGUGUCAUCUGCCACGGCAGCGCGAGCCGCACGCUGGAGCUGUCCGAGAACGCCCUCGCCCCCCGGGAGGCGGGUCAGUGCCGUGACCUCAUGCCAGCGGUGCACAUCCAGACAGCUGCGGCUGUUUCUGCAGCUUUCCAAGGAGAAAGUAAAUCGGGGAGCCUACCGGUGGAGGUCCUUAAAACUUCAGCCGUCAGCGUGGCUUCCAGUGAUGCUCAGGAGAUGUGUAAAGAAGACGGGAAAUCAGCGGGAAUGACCGUAGCGGGGCCAGAGCUUACCUUCAGACAGCUUUCGGGUACUAGUUCUACCUCCCUGAAAGCUAGCCCCAGUGACCAGACUUCUCUUAGUGCAGGACAUCAAGUUGAAACAGGUCACGGAUUAGGGAAGUGUGAAACGAAGCCAUCUGAGUUUGCAGUGGCAACCACCGGUGGCCACAAACCAGACCCUGACUGCCACCUCUCCAACUCCAGUGGCCCUGCCAGCAGAGCCGACCAGUCCAGGAGCUUGGAGCUCACGAAUCAAGGGGAUGCAAGAGAGAAGAAGCUUGCAUCUCCUCAGAUAAUGAAAGAACAAGAAUCUCCUGGCAUCGAUAUCCUGGAGGUGAGGGCAAGAGCAGAGGCCAAAAGCCUACUGCUCAAUCCUAAAUCUCAAGAAAGUGGAGGCGUGGCAUCAGGUGCCAGCCCUACACCCUCCCCAGUUAGAAGGAGCCAGGAGGGCACCGGGGAAGAAAACAGACAGACCAAGACGGCCGCCAGCCUAAGCCUGCCGUCAGAUGCCAUUGGGGACUCUAGUCCUGGCUCUGGCAAAAGGACCCCUUCUCGCUCCGUCAAAGCCAGCCCCCGCCGGGCCAGCCGGGUCAGCGAGUUCCUCAAGGAGCAAAAGUUAAACGUGACGGCUGCUGCCGCCCAGGUGGGACUCACGCCAGGGGAGAAGAAGAAGCAGCUGAGUGCCGACUCCAAGCUCCAGCUGAAACAGUCCAAGCGCGUCCGGGACGUGGUGUGGGACGAGCAGGGCAUGACCUGGGAGGUGUACGGGGCUUCCCUGGACCCGGAGUCCCUGGGCAUUGCCAUACAGAACCAUUUACAAAGACAAAUCAGGGAACACGAGAAAUUAAUCAAAGCUCAGAGCCGGAGGUCCAUCUCCUCAGAUACUUCUUCUAAUAAAAAGCUCAAAGGCAGGCAGCACAGCGUUUUCCAGUCCAUGCUGCAGAACUUGCGACGCCCCAACUGCUGCAUUCGUCCUGCUCCUUCUUCUGUGUUAGAUUGAAAAGGAACGUGUCCGGAAGCCCUUGGAUACUGCUACAGGCUUCAGAGGUGUCCAUCUGUCUAUGUCAGAGCUUACUUAAUUUUUUUCUGAGGGACCAGGAAGAGAAAGCAUUAACUCACGGAAAUUGCUACUAAGAAUUGCGGGGUCCUUUGCUGGGGCUCCAUAAAUAAAAAAUAACGUUUCAAUUUGAAAGGAAGUGAAGAAGUAAGCUUCACUGAAGGUUUACAACCUUAAUUAAGAGGAAAUAACACUCACUGUUUUUUUUUAAUAUGAUGUUUUUAGAAUAACAUGCUCAUUACACAUGUGUCGUUUUAUAUUACUGCCUCAAUUUAUCACACUAUGGUAUUUCCAUUAACACCCCUCUUUAUAUUAAAAGUAGCAAAGACACUGUUAGCAAAAACAGUUAUACUUUGUAGUCCAUUGCAAUAAGAAUGCUGAUACCAUACAAAAUUUAAGUAGGUGAUGAGAAAUAUCAUGGAAAAAAAGGGAAACAAAUUUGACUCAUUCCUCGGCUAGAGGAUAUAAAUAAAAGUACUUACAUGCAUAAAAUGCCAAAUAUGAACUAAUAUUUGUAAACAUCUGCAUAUAACCCUUUUUAUAAACCUUGUUAUACCUGUUAAUAAAUGUAAGUUAUAUUAGGAAAAAAGUUAGCAAACCAUUUGAAUACUGCCCACAUAAAACAUGAAUUUAUGUACAUACAUUUUCCUGCACUAAGGGCAAGGGUCACCUCUGUGAUUGUGCUUAGAUUAAAUUCAUAUUUCCUUGCCCAAGAGGAAAUACAUGUGACUGAAUUCUUGAAGAGAAUUAUCAUAUUAUUGAUAAUACUGAAUUUUAUGUUGUUCAGCUGUCUCUAAUAACAUUCUGCUGAGAAUGUUAAGGUUCUGGUAAGGAAUUAUAAAUAGCCAAUUACCAAACACUCCUUUUUUGUGUGUUGAAAAAAGGAAAGUCUCCUGAGUAACAAAAACAACAGGUUUAAUUGUGGCUCCUGUAAACAGGAUGCAGUUUGUAUUUUUGUUUUGAUUUGGUUCAGUAGCUUCUAAUAGAAAAUGUAGUCAAAUAGAAAUGAGCUCCCUUGCUGCUUUUAUAUGCAGACUAAUAUCAUCUAAUUGCUUAAAACUAAUCUGUGGUAAAAAGGUAACCUCUUCAAGCCUAUUAAUUUUAAGAGAAAUACCAUCAUAUCUCAUCCUUCCAACCCUUUAAAAGAAGCUGCCUUUACUAAAACAUCAUGUGAACUUUGGGUGGGCUUAGUCCUUGAGAAUAUAGGCCCCUGUUUGAGCUGAGCCCUCUCCUGUCUCCAUUAUGGAAGCGUGUCCUUGGGGCCCAUGAGUGUUUUGCAGGGCACUGGCUGGGGUGACCAGCAGUAGCUUGAGUGGGGCUAGUGGGGAAGAGAGGAGUGAGCCCUGGAGAUUGUUGGUUUCCACGUUGCAUUUAGAGAAUGAAUCACUGUUAGUGAUGAAGGGGCGUUGGCUGUUUUCUCUAAACUCACUGCCUUGAUGAGCCAGGAAAGAAUUGUCCAGCUGUGUACUAUCUCUCCAGAGGUUCAGAAAUACCAUUUGUGUAGUAAAUGCAAAGUUUCUAUUUUUUUUUUUUAAUUUGGAUUCUCUUUUGCAGAUUCUGAACAUAUUGCGGGAGGAUAUCAUACCUAAACUUUAACACCACAAGCUACAUCAGACAUAAAUUAGUCAAUAGUCAUCGAUUUCUUUCAAAGUAAUUGGACUGUCUAUGAAGCCUACAUAAGUAGGCCACAGAGCCAUUCUCAGAGUCAGAGCCAGAGAAUGGCAAUUACAGUUGUUAGAAUUGAAACUUCCAAUGAAUUUUUUAAUAAAGCACAUGUUUGUUUCUUAACAGUUGGCCUCUACUAGGAAGGCUAUCUAACUAGAAAUUACCAUCAAAUUAGCAGCCAAAAUUAUUAUUAAUGAAUUGAGUCUAAAACUCUCUCUUUGGGCCUUAAAUACCCAUUGGCUGUAGUGUUCAUGUCACUUCUGUAGGAGAUGCCUUUGCCAGAGUUUAACCUCCCUCCUGUCUCGCUCACUGGCUGUCUCCCUCCACAUGCUGUGUACACAUGGAGAACACACUCUGUACACAGUGGCAGCUGUCAACAAUACCCACUCCAGAUGGGUGGGCCCAGGUCACCCUCUGCUCAGAACUGGCUAGAACAGGCUGUCCCUGCAUUAAAAUGGGAGAAAAGGAAGAAUUUAGCAUCUGGUAAUAAUAUUAGUUUUCAUGAGAUUGGAGUAACCAUGUGAUUUAUGAAUAGUGAAAGGAAGCAGAGGCCAAAGAGAGUUGUAGACAUUGUUGUCGUCACACAUUAGAAGCAAAUUAAUAAAAUUCAAUAAAUUGAAACUUGAUGUGUGCUAGAGUCACUUUGGUUUUUUUGGGGACUGAAACUAACCUUUACUUCUUAAUGUUUAAUUUUUCACUUUCAAUCUCUACCACACUCUAAAGAUUGUCACAAAAUGUUACAAAAGCUUUCUUCUCACUUACUGAAUCUUAUAGAAGGAAAAGUCCUGAAAAAAUGGUCACAGAAAUAGCUCAUCAAAUAGAUAAAUAAGACAGGAGCCUAUUCAAAACAGUGGUGUUUCUGCAUUAUGAUCCCCCAAAGACUCUCAGGAUAAAACCUUGUUUUGAAAAUGCUCCUUCACUUGGAUCUAUGACACAUAGACAUUCAGGACAUCACUUGUGAUUCCUUAGGUUCAUUCAACAAAUGAAGUUGCAGAACAAUUUUCAUGGCAGACUAUUUGAACUUGCUCUGCUAUUCGUUACCUGCAUGACACACACAGUGUUGAAAGCUGUUUUUGUCCUUAUUUCUUUUAGUUAUCUUUUGGUCCUUUUAAAUGUAUUUUAGUUGUUGAAAUAAAUAUAUAAAUUAAGUAAAUCAGUAUAAGAUAUUUUUUAAACCAGCAGCAAAAAAGAGGUGACUUAGGCCAUCCAAAUGUUUAACAUGUGAAGAUGUGUACCCAGUGAAAAUUUUUAAUUUAAAUUCCGAUUUUUCUAUUUUAUGACUACAAGAAAAAUGUGACCACUUCAACUAUCAUGCAUCUAUUUAUCUUCAGCAUUUUUCUAAUUAUGUCUUUCUGGAUUAUUACCCUUGAUGCCACAGACCAACUACUUUACAUACACUGAAAUCCUAAUUAAGCUUUGUGUUUUGGAUCAGUGGCACACAUUAAACAUUUUGUUAGGUCACAGUGGACCAGAAACUUUUUUGUUUGCAUCCAAAAUGAAAUAUUUAUAAAAAAUAUUACUGUGUUUUCCUACCUUGACAAGUCAGCUAUAUUGAAUAUAAUUUGAUUUUUGAUGAUCUUUAAUCUUUAGAAUGGUCUAAUAUUUAUUAUUUUGGAUAUCAGUGUUCUCCAUCUUAUAGGUUAAAUAUCAUAACUGGAAUAAAUUGGACUGAAUAUGCAUGUGUACCAUAUACCCUAGAGGUUGAAUUUUGGAACCAAAUUCUUAAUAAGAGCUUGUCAUCUUAAGAAAGCAGAAGAGGAAAAUUGCUUUGGGUUGCAUCUAAGAGUAUUAAGGUUUUUAUUGUUCUAGCUUAUUCUGAUAGUCUUCCUCUCAUCUCUGGGAGUUCCUAUCAUUUGGGAAAUAUCUGUAUAUACCACAUGAAGACUAGAAUAUGAUGUGACUUUAAGGUUUGUUUACAGAGGACCUGUAUGAGUAGGCUGUUAAUGUAAAUUGUUUGGCCUCUGUUGUAUCCUCUUUGUUACUGUUUUGCUUCCAAAAUGUGAGAAACUGUCUUUUCUUCCUCCUACAUAUUGUGCAAGUGUUUAACAAUUUGUCCCAUUUCUAGUACCACAUACUUUACCACAGCCCUUGUCUACUUUUUAAGAAUCAAUAUAAAGGAAAACAAUACAUUAGGAUAAGGUUUGCAUAUAUAUAUGUGUGUGUUCUUACUGAAUAUCACAAAUAUCACUUGUAGCCUUGUGUAGGCCUCUACGUGUCUGAUUUACUAAUCAUCUACAAUGCUGCCAUGGAGAUGACGCUGUUUACUCUCUCCAGCUUUGUCCUAAGCGGUAUUUGAGAAACGGAGCCUGUGAACUUCCCUCUGUGAUAAUAAUGCAGUGAACUCAGCAGUAUCUUGGAUAAAUAAACUGACCAUCUUGUCUCUAACGCUGUUCUGUCUACACAGUGAACCAGAAGUCUUGCCCUCCUCUGCCUCAGUGCUUGCUAUUUUAUAUUCCCAUCUGAGCAUUUUGUUUUCUGUUAGCAACAUUCUUGGUUCCAUGUGUGGCCCUUUGGGUUGAAUCUCCAAAGAUGGGUCAGAAGCUGCCACCCGGCAAAUAACAGGUGACAUGCCAAAUCUCCUGUCCAACUUUGUAACUUUAUCCUUCUUAAUGAAAUUCUGCAGCCAGCUGAGUAGUUAUAAAUGUCAUUGUGCAGACACAUGGGUUGAAGGAUAUCUACAAAAUUUUAGACAUUUUUUUGCAAAAGGGGAAACAAUUAGUCUUGUAAAGACUGAAACAGAUUUCCAUGAACUUUACCCUACUGUUGGAAAAAAUGAAUUCUCCUUGGCUACAGAAAUAAACUUGAUUUGAAAUGACCAAGGACAUAAAUGAAGAUGGAUUGAAGUGGAAAAAUUCUGUCUCACAAAUCAGUGACAUCUACCAGAGUUCAUUACUGCUACUUUUAACUGUGAACAUUCACCAGCUAAACUACUCACUUGCCACAACCAAAUAACCUCUCUCAAAGUAAAUCCAGUACAUUGGUAUAUAUGUGUAGAUAGAAACAAAUAAAACAAAACAAAAACCCUGAAAAAUUACUGUUGGCUGUUAGGUGAAUCAAGGUGAUAAUCAAAAGGACACUUAAAUAACGGCAAGCCUUGGUGAAAUGACUGUGAAGGCCAGAAUGGUGCAACAAAGUUGUUAUUCCCAAGUCUGGUGUGUUUUUCUAAGACCCAGAUAUCUCAGCUACUCAUCCUGAGAAUAAAGACCGUUGAUAAUGAAAUUAAAGUCAAGCAAUAAUGUGCCAAAAAGAGGCAGUUAUACCACCAAGUGCAUCUAUUAUGGGCACACCAUUAUAUAAUUACGGUUUGCUCCAUGAAGACUGACCAUAACCCACGGGAUAAAAUAAGCAAAGGCAUUAUUUCUGCUUUCUUGCUGGAAAAACUUAUGUAGGAGCUCCAUAAAGAGGUACAGCACUAGUGAACAUUAGAUCUUAUGGUUAACAGCUCUGUUUUAAUAUAGUCAAGACCAAAGGAAUCACCAAGAGUCUUGCUAGCUUAAAAUUCAAGACAGCUUCAACCAGAAACGUGAUUGAAAUGGAAGGUUCAAUGUAUAGUAAUUACUCUCCCUGGACACUAGCCUUUAAGAAAGCAAUUCAGUUAACUCUGCCUGGAGGAUUGCCAGAUUUAGCUAUGAAAAAAUUGGUUCUAAAAUAAGGAAUAGCUAAAAUGUGAAUACUCAUAUCAAAAGUGGCCUGAAAUAAUGCCUUACAGAAUUGAUGUUGUAUCUACAUACAACAUUUAGCGUUUCUAAAUACUAAUUCUUCACCAAGUAUUCUUUUGGGUUCAUGCUCGAAAUCAACUGGCUAGAAUAAAGAUCACAUAUUUUACACUUUAGAAAAAGGUACUGAUGAUCAACCAGCAUGGUGAUAAUUGUGAUGACAAAUACCUAAUGAUUUAAGUGUGUUAAAGAGAAUUGAGUGAGGAAGAAACACUAACUUCUUUCUCGAUCUUUUAAGAUAUGGGAGGCCAUCUGCUUAUUUUGGAGUGAAAAGGAUAGCUUGCUUUUUUACCUUGCUGCUAGCAUUACUCUUUGUCCCUUUAAAAAUUAUAUUAUUUUUAAGCAAAACUUUUGAGAAGUUAAGCAUUUUUUAUGGUUCAUAUUGUUUUUGUGUAAUGUAUAGAGCAAACCAUGAAAUGAGCAGAAGGGGCUUACCCAUUUAGACUUCUUAGCAUUUAUUUAACCACAUCUUUGAGCCAGUUACUUUGUAAAACGUUUUCCAUCAUUUCUGAUGUUGGUAACUUGGGAGAUUACAGUAUUAUUCUCACACUCCCCAUUCCCUAGAGGGUUGGAGAGACUAAGUCUUGUUUUUAAGGGCAUCUGGAAAUACCUUUCCCAGGUAUUUGAGGAAGGUCAUCAGGGCCUGAAAACCCAAGAAGGAAAUAUACUAACAAUUACUAAACUUCUAAAUGUAUUUAUCUCUGCUGUACUAACAUGUAAACACUAUAUUGUGCAUUACCUUGUAGCUGGUUGUGGUACAUCAGUACAUUUUGUAAGUAUGUACAGUCUGUGAGCAGUUGGUUUUCUAUUUUUAUGUGUAGGAAAAAAAAAAAAAAAACACUCUGCAUCCCAUUUUAAGGCCAAGUUCUGUCAUCAGGUAGGCACGUGGCCGAAAGUGAAUAAAACCAACAAAAGUGUGCGUGUGUGUUAAGUGACAGAAUUUGUCCUUUUGCUUUUGAAAGUCAGAAAGGGCUGUUGUUUUCUUCUUUUAAUCAUCUCCCAGAGUAGAUAACAUAAUUGUCACAAAGGCUGAAUGCAGUCAUCAGUACAUUGGCCUGUUACCAAAUAUGCCAGGGCUAAUUCCCCAUGCCAUGAGUCACAGGUAAGGUCAGUUCUUUGACCACUGGGUUGAUUUACAUUCCUCACACAUCUUCUCUGUGUUGUGUGAUUAGGAUGUACAUACUAUGGGUGUGAUUGUGUACAUACCUUGUAUGAAUUAUCUAAAUUCUCAAAGCAGUGGAAAGCAGGAAGAAGAAAGAGUUGUUCAAAAGCCUCAAAAGGGCUAAUCAAUGUGUAUUUUCAUUUUCUACACAUAAAAAUGUAUGCAUAACUGUAAAUAGCUUACCCACAUAUAUAUGCACACAUAAAUGCAUUUUAUUCAUACUGGUACAUUUAAAUCAAUCACAAAUUAAAACAACUAAUUGAAAACUGCAUCUUUUCAUGACUGGUUUCACAUGGAUUGAUAUCAGAUUAGAUGCUCCCCGGUUAAAGCUGUUACUCCCUCAUAGCACAUUUGGCGCUUAGGAAAGUCCAGCCCCACUGAGUCACGAGAAUCUAGGUGAUAUUUUAUUGAGACACAGACAGGUACUUGAGCAGCUUCAAAGAUUUAGUGCUGUUCUUUAAGUACCUAAUUUUAUAUCUGGAAAUGACAAACACUGGGGAAAGCCAAUUAUGCUUCAUAGACUCGAUUUGUGAGUUUAGUGGCAUGUUUAUUUGCACAGGCUCAUAAAAGCUCUACAUUGUAGAGCUGUAUCCCUAGGUUUCAAAAGAGUAUAUAAUCACUCGAGGUGAAACAUGAUUGCAGGCAUUCUUCUCUUGAGAUUGGCAAAACAAUGUUUAGCAACACCAAAGAAAAGUCAAAGUACAGAUUUUAUUUUUAAAAGUUACAAAUGAUACUGGUAGAAUAACAGGAUGUUAGCAAUUGGGAUUUCCUUAAAAUGGACUCAAAUAAAUGACUGUUAUUGACAAUAGGUGACACUGUGUGGACUAGAUAACGAGAUUAGAGCCGUUAGCCAGCAAAUGUCAAUACUGGACAACAGUAGUCAAUUUAUCACAAUUCCAGUCAGUGAAUCGAUGUUUUAGUUUCUCUCAUUUCUUCGAAAAGGAAGUACUCUAUUAGACAUCGAAAAGUCUGAUCUGGUCCUUAAAACCUAAUAUGAUUUGAUCCUGAUAUCUUGACACUAAUAAUUAUGUUGACUGGAUAUUAGGUUGAAGUUAUGAAAAGAAAUACCAGAAUUGCCAUCAACAGAAAACUGUGUGGCAAAGUACAAAUAUAACCAUUUCUGAAUAGAAAGUCAAUAAUCGCAUUUAAUAGGUACUCAUAUUUUAAAGAUUGAAUUGCCAUCUUUAUAUCUUAGAUUAAAAAAGGUUAAACACCAUAAAAACACUAUAAUUACAACUAUACCUAGCUGUGUUUUUAACUACUAAAAAUGGAUGUUAUAAAAGCAUACAUGAAAUUUUGAUGUCAAUAUUUACUGUUGCUUAAAAGAUAAAUUUAAAUUUAUGUAAUUAUUUUGGAAGUCAUGUAUUAAUUUAAGUGCCAGCCAGGAAAAUUAUAGAUGUCAAUAUAAGAAUUAUUUAUGUGUGUACUCAGUGGAGAAAGACCAAAAGUGUAGUAUGAUGUUAAAUCACUGAAGAAACAGUAAUAAAGUGAAAUUCCAUUUAUGAAUCUAAAGUUAUGUCUUUUCAUGAUGCCUAUAGACAAAGGUCAUUAAAUUGCUUAUUUAAGAAAGUCCCCAUCCUCUGUAAACUGACCUAUCAAUAAAAUGUCAUUACCUAGGAAAAAAGACGGAAUGUUAUGAUUUACAUGAGGAUAGAUCAAGAUUUUGAAAUUACCUACACAUCCACCCUCAUUUUGGAUUUGAGUUUUGAAUGGAUGAAUGAAUGAAAUUCAACUGAUGACUUAGUUUUAUCCUAAAAAAAAAUGUCAAAUAUGAUUUUGUUGCUUUUUUUCACUUUCCGUAAUAAACGUAAUAUAGACUAAGAGA